AUGCUCGACGUCCGGGUGAAAAACCGGGAUAAUGGCAGCAUAGUUUCUAUCCGAACUGACGCGGAUGGAGCCUACCACAUGGUAGCCAGGACCAAGAUCAAGCCUGGCCAGUGUAUUCUCACGGAUCCCGGACUUGCAAUUUUCCCCUCGGGUCUGGGAAGUGGCCCGGAGUCCUCGGCACUGAUCAAAGAACGUAUUGAUGCCCUUCCCGAAAGGGAGCGUGAGGUCUUCUUCACCCUUGAGCACAAUCGAUUGUACGACUACGAUGAAUACUACGGACGGUAUGUUGCCCAUGCCUCCGUGCUUCGACACAGUCCAGAAUACGCCUGCAUCUUCCCUCUGCUUUCACUGGCGUCCAACAGCUGUAGCCCCAACAGCGUUAUUGCGGUUCUCCCAACAAACAAGACGACGGGGAACUCCCGACGCAGAAAGGGUUGGAAGCUUGCCCUUCGCGCCUGUGAGCUUAUCAAGGAGGGUGAGGAGAUAAAAUUCUUCAAACUGGCUGGUGGCGGCCGGUACCGUAGUCGGCUGGAAAAUCAUGUGGAAAGAUUCGGUUACCCGUGUCGCUGCGAGGAUUGCACACUGCCGGACGAGCUCCAUUUGCCCGCCGAGGACCAGAGGUGGCAGUUGGACCAGCUCUGGGAAACAGCAUUUGGCCGAGACGAUGUUUCCAGCCUGGCAUUGACGCACUGCAUCGGGCACAUGGCGCAGUCUUGCUACUUUGAGUGUAUUGUUGAUAAGAGCCUGCUUCUUCUUUAUCGCAGGCUUUUCGACAGGUUCGUGCAGGAUGAUGAUAUCAUGCGAGCACAUGUAUUUGCCGCCAAGAUAUUGAAGAUAAACGCCAGACUCAUUGGAUGGGAAUGCGACGACUUCCACCAAGGGCAUUUGAUGGCCCUCCAUGACCGCCUGCACGAAGAAUUUAGACAAGAUCCCGGCAUUAUGCUGAGAUUGGAAACUCUUACCUACUGCCAGAAAAUGGCUUGGCUUUUUAGGUGGGAGGAGACCCUCAGGGAAGCCGAGAUACCAGAAACAUGCCACGACCUUCGAAAUGACGAGCUCUUCCCCAGCUACACGCAAUUGCCUGAAGAUGAUGAGGACAAGGUAUCAGACUAUUUCAACUUGUAUCACCGACCAAAGAAGCACUGGAUCUUCAUAGCAAGCCUCGUCGGUUUGGAUGUAGUGGCGGAGAGGCUUCUGGUCCGUGACAAGAGAGCAAAGGCAGUUUAUGUCAGCUUGAACAACGUAAGUAUAAAUGUGGAGGAUGCACGGGACAUUGCCCCAUUGUCUCUCGUCCUGAUACCUUAUGCCGCGAGAACCACCUUAGAAGAUGGAAAGGAGGGAGUGUCUUCCACAAAUCAGAUGAUCAAGGUGAUAUCCGGGGUGACCUGGCCCGAGAUCUUGAAGCUCAGCUGCAAGGUAAACAUCUAUUCGAACAUAAGACGAGACAUGAGAAUCUGUCACGGAUGCAACAAGCAAGUUGAAAAAAGUUCUCCGGUGCUCUCCAAGUGUGCACGAUGUGGCAUGUUUUGGUAUUGUAGCAAGGACUGUCAGGUGACCGGUUGGAGAAACAAAGGUCACAAAGACGACUGCAAACUUUUGGGUAUCAAGGUCAUAUAUGAGGCUUUUUGCAGGCAUCCGGGGGCAAUGAUAAACCCUAUCGGCUGGGAGUUGAGGACCAUGUUCUUCAACGCUACGGACUGGGCAAAGCUCACCUCAAAGGCCACUGUUUCGGUUGCGGAUUUGAUUAAAAAGGUCCAACCGGUUGGAGUCGCACCUGAUUCCAAGACGAAGCCUGCUAACCCAAUGAUUAACAAACUUUUGGAAAAGCUUGGUGAUCUUGGGCCAGAGGAUUGA